GGUGGUGGCAGUAGUGUGGCGGCAGCACCUGCAGCCAGUCAGUUGGUGUGUGUGGUGACGGCUGCAAGGAGGUGCGUGGUGACCCUCCGCAUAGAACACAGUGCUUGGGGGAAAAGAAAAACGGGAAAGAAUUCAUGCCAGUCACUUGCAGUUCACGGUUGCGUAAUAUAACUUGUGGGACGAGAGCGAGGAGACACAGAUGUGAACUGCAGUGGGAGGAGAAGGAGGAAGGGCCCCUGUGUGCCCCGGCGAAGGUGUGCGUGUGUGUGUGCGUCGAGUCCACCCAGAGAUUUAGGUUAUUAAUCCAAUGGACACUCGGGUGCUGCUGCGUCCCUCAGUGAGCAGCUGCAGCAGUAGCGGUCUCCCGGCGGCCCCACCCUGCUGGCCCUGAGCACGCCGAGUGAAAGACGCGCAGAGAAACACUCAUUGAAGUCACAGAGAGAGAGAGAGAGAGAGAGAGAGAGAGAGAGAGAGAGAGAGAGAGAGAGAGAGAGAGAGAGAGAGUUCAUGGUGGCAAAGGAGAAACACGCUAAGAAGUGAGAGAGAAGAAAGAUAAAGGACAGAUACGAAAUCAUUGUUGACAGAAGUAGUAGACGCAAACAUUGAGAAAGGAAGAAGAAAAAAGAUAGAGAGAAAAGAGAAACACAACGUCAUUGCCGAGAGAGAGAGAGAGAGAGAGAGAGAGAGAGAGAGAGAGAGAGAGAGAGAGAGAGAGAGAGAGAGAGAGAGCAAACAAAUACGAAGCAAGCACAUUACACUGAUAGCGAAACGGAAGACAAGGAGGAAAAAAUAGUGAGACAAUAAUAAUACGAGAGAGAUAAACAGUCAAAUCAAUAAAUAGUGAGAAACACAGACGCAUGUGCUGAAGAGAGACAAGAGACACUGCAAGAUUAAAAGGAGAAAUUACCUGUGACAUAAGAAGACAAGAGAGGGAGAGAGAGAGAGAGAGAGAGAGAGAAGGAGAGGGAGAGAGAUAGAGAUAGUAGGACAGACAUCAUGAGACACGCCUUCCCUUCCCUCACAGUCACUCCCAGAGGCCGCGCCAGGGCAGCGUGAGCCGAGGCCCCUGCCAUGCGCGUCCUCCUCCCCAGCCAUGCACCACAGGAAGGAAAGGCUGCCACGCUUCCCGCCACGCCCAGACGUCAGAACGUGGAGGAAAUAACAGUACAAAAGUGGAAAUAACAGAGUACAUUAGGAAGGGAAAAAGAGGAAAUAAUUUAGGACAUUCGAAAGGGGAAAAGAAGUACGUACACUGGAAAGAAAGAAAAGUAGGAAUAAUACAGUGGAAAGGAAGGUGAUAAGAGAAAUAACACUAUAAAGAAAGGAAGAAAAGACGAAAUAAAAAUACGGUGGAAGAGGAAAAAAGAAAACAGGUAAUAACUUAGUACAUUAGAAAGGAAAAAAAGUACAUUGGAAAAGAAGAGUAAAAUAAUACAGUGUAAAGGAAGAAAAUAGGAAAUAACACUUGGGAGGAAGGAAGGAAAGAGGAAAUAACUUGGUACAGUUGAAAGGAAGGAAAGUGAAAGUUUAUGAAUAGAGAAGGAGAAGGGAAAUUGUGUACGUUAAAAAAUGCUGGAAAACAAUGGAAUAAUUGAAUAGAAAAAAAUAAAUAAAUAAAAGAAACGAAAUAUAUGAAACAGAGAAAAUAAUAUGUUAACGUUGAUAGAUGCUUGAAAAUAAUAUAAAGAAUAAAAAAAAAACGAAACAUAAAAAGUGAUUAAUAUAAAUAUAUAUAAAAAAAACAGCUGCAAAGAAUCAAAAUAAAUAAACAUAAGAUAACAAAAAUCUCCACUUUUAUAAAUACAACACAGUAAAAUAAUAUAAAAACAGGUGGAAGGAAUUAUGCAGUAGAAAAGAAAGAAAUAAAAGAAAGAAAGAAAGAAAAACAAAAAAAAAAAAAAAAAUAAAAUAAAAAGAAGAGAAGAAUGUGCGGGAAAUAAUAAAUAAAUUCACGAAAGGAUUGCGGAGUGAGCGGAGAAAUACGUACAUUGUCAUUUUCACUCAAGCGAAGAAACGAACGAAAAAAAAAAAAGAGAGAGAAGGGGAAAUACAGGAAAUAAUACAGAAAGAUACAUUACUUCCCACCAUGACGAAGGAAAAGUGAAGGCUAAGUUGUAUUGUGCGUGUGUGUGUGUGUGUGUGCAUGUGUAUAUGUGUGUGAACGUAUGUGCGUUGCGGACUUAUGGAUCUUGAAGCGAUGAAUUCAAGGGAGUAUUAACGUGUGUAUGCUUCUCCCUCUUUAUCAUCGUGUCUGCGCCUCUUCUUCGCCUCCCGCGCCUCGCCUCCUCCUCCCCCGCGGGUCUCAGGACAUUUUUUUUAUAUUCUGAAGAGUGGCGGUGAGCUGAGAGCCCCGCCACCACCACCACCACCACCAUCGCCCCCAUCGCCCCCACACCCCCCUCCGCCAAGCCCGCCGCCGCCAUGACGUGCCACCUCGCCCCUAAUGGCGGGGACCUUCUCGGUCUGCUUAAGAAGUUCAGAGUGACGAAAGAAAACGAGAAGGAGAGCGAGAUCUUCACGCUUGCUAACCUGGACAACGGCUGCAUCAGGAAGUUUAUCGUGAAGAAGGUGGAUGAGUCGGCCUUCCUAGCCUCCAUCAACAGACGCAACAAGGAAGACAGCAAGUCCCUGACCGACGAGAACGAGAACACGGCCGUGGUGGGGAACGAGGAGGGCGGUGACGGGUGCCCGCUGGUGCCGCCCUCCCCCACGUUGCCGCGCCGCAAUGUCCCCGCGGCGCCGAUAGCCAACGGGCACGUCAAGCCGCUCGAGCGAAAAUCGUCUUCCAACUUCAAGCUGGGAUGUGACGACGACUCGGACGACUGCAGCAGCAUGACCGUCGAAGACAAGGAUGACCCUGGCGUAAUCAACCCCGCCUUCACCUACGAGGAGGAAGAAGACGACGACCUCGGGCGGGGCGACGGCUCCACCACCUCCGCCAGGUCGUCCCCGGAAACUUCUCCCUCACCGUCACCUAAACUACACUUCAGCAGCAUGAGUCCACGGCCCAGCCCGCGGCAGUCGCCGGUGAGUCACCGGUCGGGUAACCUGAGCCACCGCAGCUCCGUGUCCUCCGUCAGAAAGGGCAUUCUUAAGAAAAGCGGCUCCUCGUCCACCAUCAACAUGGAGAUGGUUAACCUGGGCCUCCAGCACGCCGCCAUCGCCGCCGGCAACGCCGCCAACCUCAACGGGUACCAGCGGGCGCGGUUCACCGACCCCUAUGACGACAACUUUGUGGCCAAUGACACUCACCGUUUUGUCGGGAGUGUGUCCCUCCCAUCGUCCCCUCACCUUGCUCACCUCGCACCGAACCCUCCCCUGCACAGCUCUUCUGAAGAGAACAACUACGCCAUGCAGCAAAAGUCGCUGGGUGGCCACCGUGUCAAGUUUAUCCUGGAGACCGGUAAGCCAGACCACGUGCACGGCUCUUACGACGACAUCCGAAUAGAAAAGAUGGAGAGGGAAAGGAUCGAGAGGAUUGAGAGCGGAAAGGAUCUGGAGGUGACCAACAUGGCGGAUCGGGGAGGCAAGAAGUGUCUGCUGUUCUGUGCUGCUAUGCUGGUGCUGACCGGUGCUGUGAUUGUGGCGGGGCUGUACGGAUCUGGGAAACUCAACAUGAUCGCGAAGUUAGGAGGGCAAGGCAUCACGAGCGGACUGUCAGGCGGCUCUUCGAGUACCGAGGCCCCCACCAGCUCGCCCCCCACAGCUUACGUACUCAACGCGAUAGAAGUAAAAUUCAAGAUUGACAACCAUAACUUUACCUCGGACCUGACCAAUGUUGAUUCCAAGGAGUACAAGACGAUGGUGAAGGACCUUGAGGCAGAGCUCACAAAGAUUCUGUUCCCUGAGCCUGUCCUGCAUAAUGGAAAGGCGAACCUCAACCUCAAGAUCAUCAAGUUUGAGCCCGGCAGCAUUAAGUGUACCUUCAGGAUAGGCUGGACUUUCUUCGAUGAGCCAAACGGACAGGAGGCGCCACUCAAUCUCACUCUAGUCCGGGAGAUCUUUGACAACCAGAUAAACAACAGCUUUGUGUUCCUUCACCAGCAGGAGUACCGUGUGCCACCAGAAUCCAUAGAUGUCGAUCGUUUGGUUGACAAGUGCCACAACAACCAGUCUCUCUGCUCCCACGGUUGCAAGUUCUCGUAUGAAAACCUUCGCUUCACCUGCACUUGCCCUGACUACCUGUACUCCAUCAACACCACCACCUGCAUCCAUCCCAAUAAAACCACCACCACAUCCACCACAUCCACCACCACAUCCACCACAACAGAAGUUACCAUCAAGAAAAAUCUCGACCAAAUCAUCAAGAAUGCAGGCGGUGCCUUUGUAGCCAUCAAACUGGAGGAUAUUGAAGCAAAUACAGACACAGAGAUUGAAGCACCACCAACAGAGAAGAAAACUGAGGAAGAGAGUGAAACCUCAGAAGACUCCAAGCCAGGGGAGGUAAUAGUGGAUGGGACAGCCACUAAUGUUACUUUGAAUGCCACCACUGAGGGACAACUCCCUCCUGUAAAUGUCACAGAGGCUACCACCACCACUACCAUCAGCACCUCAACCACAAGUACUACCACUACUAGCACAACCACCACCUCCCCUGUCACCUUACCACCAACCUCCAAUGAAACCAUUACUGAGGUCAGUGCUGGUAACACAACUGAAGCUACCAACAUAACUCUCACUUCAACUACAACUGUAGUGAUAGAGACCACUUCUUCAACACCAAAAACAACAACCACUGAAACUGUGACUAGCAAAGAAGAGCAACAAAACACAACCUCACAGAAACCAACAUCUGAGGGAGUGACCAUCAUUCUUGAGGGACUCGAACCUGUGCUGCCAGAACACACAACUAUAAAAGCUGAAAAUACUUCAAUGGAUGAAAUUCCAGGCACCAGCACUAUGACCCCAAAUGUUACUACUGUGACACAAGAUACUGCACCUGUCACAACUACAACUGAACCCACAGUAAAGGAGGACAGUGAACCAGAAACAAAGCCUGAAGAAGCAGUGCCUGAUAAGCCAGUCACUGUUGAAGAAGCAAGCAACACUACACAUCACACCAAUGUAUCCAUCAGUAUGACAGAAGUUGUCAAUGACACAAUAUCUGAAACACCUCAAGAUUCUUUUGUCAACAGAAGUGCGCUAUUCCCAGAGAACUUUGUGUCUCCUGGGACACGCCUGGAGGACAUUAUGUCCUUUACAAACCUUCCUGGUAAAACAGUCAUUGUCCUUGAUCUCUCAGCUCUCAGACCAGGAGAUUCACCAGGAAAUGUUGGCUUACAGGAAGCAGAAGAUGAAUCAUCACACAGUAAUGUUUCCACCAUCAAUGAGACACAGACCAGCACAACUACAACAGAAGAGUCAUCACUCCAUAAUGCCACAACACCUGAUACAGCCACUAAAGAAAGUGUGAGCGAAGAUACAACCCAGGCAACUGUUGCUACCAGUGUUACUACAGAUAUUCCUUCUACAUCAACAUCAUCAUCAUCAUCAUCAUCAACAUCAACAACAACAACAACAACAACAACAACAGCAACAACAACUGAAAGACAAGUUGUCAUUGUAAAUGCAAGUGAACAUGGACAUGAUUUGGAAAGGAAUAGAGGAGAGGAACAAGUUCCUAAGGAAGUGGUCACCAUUCCUGCAGUGCCCUAUGAAGGCAACCCAAUCUUUGCCAGCAAAACUCCCCCAUCUGUUAGAACCACAACUACCACAUCUACCACCACUUCCACUCCUCCAACCACUACCACUACUACCACUACUGACACUCCUCCCACAACCCCCACCACUAGUACCACUACUACAUCUCUAACCACUACAACCACCACCACCACCACCACAACACAACCCUCAGUGAUGACAGAAAACAGCACAUCCCCAGCAACCACCACCACUACUCUGGAUUAUGACACAAAGGGAGAAGAGGCUCCUAUUGAUAACCGAGACACUUCCAUCCUUGAUAUUGCCUUCAGCGCCAGUUCAGACCUCAGCACCAUGGCCAGGAACACCUCCCAUGACUCCUCAGCUGUUGCCACCAGUGCCGCCACCACCAACACCACCGUCAUGGAAGGGAAUGCAAACAUGUCACAGGAAUCUCCAGGAACAAAUGUGACUGCCACUGAUACAACCAAAGAUCCAGCACUUAUUCAGAUUAACAAAGAGGUGGCUGAGACUCCUGUGAUCUCUGUCAGUGCUCCUCCAAAGGUGUUGUGUCAUGAAGACCAGGUGGAGUGUGUCAAUGGAACCAGUACCUGGGGACGCUGCAUUCCACGGAAUUCCAGGUGUAACUCUGUCCCGGACUGCUCUGACAAGUCUGAUGAGCUGGACUGCAAGGAGAAUAAUUGCUUUGGCAACUUCCAGUGCCGGGAUGGGGAGUGCAUUGAGCGGCUCUAUGUGUGUGAUGGAGUCACCAAUUGCCAGGACGGUGAUGAUGAGCUGAAUUGUGAGUCAUGGCAGUGUAAGGAGGAUGAGCUCAAGUGUGGGGGCACCUCUCCCUCCCCAUGUAUCCCUCUGUCCCUGCGCUGUGACGGCCAGCCAGAUUGUAUUGAUCACUCUGAUGAGCUCAACUGCAUGGAGGAGUGUCGCAGCGAUGAGUUCCGCUGCAGAGAGGGCUGGUGCAUCCCCCAAGUGCGGACUUGUGAUGGCCGCCCCGACUGUCAUGGCGGGGAGGACGAAGAGAACUGUGGUUGUUCUGGACUGGAUGAAACCCCAUGCGCCGCUGGUGGGUGUGUGGCAACCUUCGACCUUUGUGAUGGCCUGCGUCAGUGCCACGAUGGAUCAGAUGAGUGGAACUGUAUCAGGAUAGACAACAGCACCCGCCAGCUGGAAGUCAGGAGUGGCAAGAAUCGGUGGAGUGCCGUGUGUGGCGAGGGGUGGACCAGCAAGUGGACUGACCAGGUGUGUCAGCAGCUGGGUGGCUCAGCCUCACUCAGCACAGAGAUGAAGCGAGUGAUAGAGUCUGUGCCGCGGCCCAGGGUGCAGCUGCUGCAGAAGGCCGUGUCAGGUGGCUACACACCCCUGCAGUUUGUUCUGAAGUCUGACUGCUCCAGUGACACUCUGGUGCAUCUCUCUUGUGAACAGCACUCUUGUGGGUCUUGGAGCCUCGGGGACGAUUUCCAGGAGGAGCACCAGCUGUCAGCCAGCACUCGGCCCCCAGCCACAGAGGGACAGUGGCCCUCACUGGCACUCCUGCUGAGGACACAUCCCAACAAGAAUGACACUCAUGCCCAAGGCCAAUUCUGCUCUGCCACUAUUGUAGCACCCAGCUGGAUCUUAGCAGCAUACAGCUGUCUCUCCUCAAAAGAAAAUGGGCUGGAUUUGGGCACUUGGGCUGUGGCAUCAGGCACUGCCUCCCCCACUGCCUCAACACAGUUCCAUUAUGUGGGGAAGAUUGUGCCCUUCCCUGGCAGGGUGCAGACAGGUGGCCUGUGGACAGGUGAUGCGGUGCUGCUGCGCCUGACUCAGCCGCUCGACCUGGGGCCAAACUCUCAGCCAGUGUGUGUGCCUGACACUCCUCCAGUCAACACUGCACAGUGUGUGGUGGCAGGCUGGAGACGCACUGAUGAAGGUGUGGGGAGUCAGAGUCAGUUCUUGCAUCACCUGCCCAUGCCCACCCUCGCCCUGGAUGCCUGCAAUACCACUCACUACCCGGGCCGCCUCAACCCCACCCACACCUGUGUUGGCUUCUCAGACGCCCAGCAUGCGCCCUGCCAUGGUGAUGAGGGCAGUCCACUCAUGUGCCGCAGUGAGUCAGGAGCUUGGCGCCUGGAGGGACUGCUCACCCACCAUACUUGCUAUGGCCGUGCACGCCACCCAGCCAUCUUCACUGCACUCCACGCCCUCCAGCCCUGGCUCAGCAACACCAUUGGCACUCCCUAUAUCCCCAGUGGAGCAUCCACCUCAUCCACCACUACCACUACUUCAACUACAACUACUCCCACCAUCACUACUGCAGCUGCUUCUACUACUACGACCAGUGAUGCUACCACUUCCACCUCAACAACCACCACUUCUCCGACCACUACCACCACACCACCAUCUGGUGACAGUACUGGGUCUGCUAAUUCAACAGAUCUAAAAGAAGCUCUUCCACCUCUCUCCUCCCCGGGGAUGGCUCCUCUAUAGCGACCGAUGAGCCCUAGCGGUGCAGUGUUGUGAAAGGUGCCAUAAGUGCCGUGAAUGUGCUAUGAUAUGUGCUAAACCAUUAUAGGAUCUACAAAUGAUAAUACCACUGUAAUAUAGUAUCUUGAAACUUUCUGUGAUCUUAGAUUUGUUGUAUUGUAGAAAAUAGACAAGAUAAUAUUUAGCAUUGUUGACUCUUGUUAAGAACAGGAUGUCCCCAGGAGCAGGACUGGCUGGUGUCAGCAUCCUGGGAAGUGUGAUGUGGAGUGCAGAGAUACAAGUGCCAAGCAUAUCAGUGUGUGGUGCCUCGGGAGUCAGUCUUCACAGCACAUGCAUGACGCUUCCUGGUGCUGAGGAUCACGAGAGAGAACAUGUGUUGAAAGCAUAAAUUGCUGGAUUGUUAAACUGCGACACUAUGAAGAGCUCAUGGAGUGUUGGAUUUUAUGAAAAUGUAAACUCAGUUGUCCUUAUAAGGUGACAAGGAACUGUGAUGUUUCUGUACAUUAAGUACAUUCAGUAGAUUGUAUAGUGUGGUGACAUUCAGCAUUACAUUAAUUUGUCAGUGAUAAAUAAGAACAUGCAUCAGUAUCAUCCAUAAUACAAAAAAAAUCAGUGUGCUGUUUCCUACAAGCAAAGCAUCAACCAGUAUUGUUGACAUUUGUUGUAGAAUUCAUGCUUUUGUGAUAAAGAAAGGUUGUUGUGACAUAUGGAACAAUGUACAUAACAAUAGCAACCAAAACAUAUAUACGUAGAUGAACUAUAGAGUGAGACAAGCUGCCCAGCUGUAGUGCAGCAGCCUCUUUGUCUGAGAGUGAGCAGUGCGAGUGUCCUGUGUAGCCCAGCAGAGCCACUGGUUCCUUGAUCACACGGGUAUGAAUCAGUCACUAGCAUACCAUAGUGUAGUGUUGCGGAGCCUCCAGAGCUGGGCCCCGAAGGACUGCCGUCCAGUCAGACAAGGUGAUGAGAGUCCAGAUUGCCAGAAUUUUGUUGUUCAUGCUCCUGCUUUGCCAUGUGGAAGUCAGGUUGUGGCUUGUGUCCAGUGCUUACUGAUGUGAUGCAUUCAUGAUUCAGCAGAGAAAUGACAAUUCAUGAAAAAGAAAUGUGGACAGCAAGAGGCAAAGCUAAAACAUUGAUGUUAAAAUAAUGGACUCUGGCCCCUUGUUGUUGGUCCCCUUUGUCAGUGGUGGACUGAGAAUGUGGCCAUAUUUUGUGUAAGACCUUCUUGUUAAUUCAUAAAACAAAUGUAACAAGGGCAUGUAGAAUGGUGAUAUAUAUAUAUAUAUAUAUAUAUAUAUAUAUAUAUAUAUAUAUAUAUAUAUAUAUAUAUAUAUAUAUAUAUAUAUAUAUAUAUAUAUAUAUAUAUGACCAGCAGUACAGCAUUGACAUAAAUGGACAGCUGUGGGAUAGUCAUAAUGCAUGGACAGAUGGGAUGCUUCACAAGACUGAGCGGUUCCCUGUACUGCUCUCAUGGCUGCUCGUGUGGUGCCUGGUGACUAAAUUUCAUAUGAUAACAUUUUGUCACACAGAACUUCCUAUAGACCACAAGAAUUAUGAUGCAUUUAAGUUUUCCAUAUCUAGAAAAGAGAAAACAUAUACCUUUUAGUACAGGAAUGAGAGCAGCAGAGGCAGUGACUGGAGAUGAGUGUAGCGUUCCUCUCAGCCACACUGGAUGACACUUGGGGACCUGUCUGCCUGGCAUUCUUGGGCAGGCUGUAGAGUGGACCAGCCUUGAUUAGUUUCCUGACUAGCUCGGAACACAAGACAGUAGGGUGUGUGUGUGUGUGUGUGUGUGUGUGUGUGUGUGUGUGUGUGUGUGUGUGUGUGUGUGUUUGUGUGUUCAGCUGGAUCUCACACGCCAGCCCUUACCACAGCUCACAUUCAGUUAUUAAUGCCGUAAAUAAGUGCCGAGAAAGACAGUAUGUACGUAGUAAUGGACGGCUCACAGGCCCCUCUCUUGAGCUUCCACAUUAUAUAUAUAUAUAUAUAUAUAUAUAUAUAUAUAUAUAUAUAUAUAUAUAUAUAUAUAUAUAUAUAUAUAUAUAUAUAUAUAUAUAUAUAUAUAUAUAUAUAUAUAUAUAUAUAUAUUUUAAACGUUCCCCAUGCUCAUCCUGUAAAUAGACUUGUAUAGAGUGUCUUAAUUAUUACCAUACCCACUUUUGAAUAGUUUUCACCUAUACGAUACUUACUCCUUCCAUGUAUCUCAUAACAGCAGCUACAUACAUAUAGUCUAACAUUUGUAAAGGAGAGGAAGAUGAAUGUGAUAUUACUAGGAUUGGAAAUCUUGGUGUCUUCCCUUGUAGAAGGAGAGCUCAAGCUAGUGUAGUUUCAACCUUGGUGUCUGGGGCAAGAUUCAAGCAGUUCCUGUCCCUCCCACUACUUCUUACUGACAUGCUACUGUGACUCACACCUUGGACAUUUUUUGCUUCCUGAGAGAGAGAGAGAGAGAGAGAGAGAGAGAGAGAGAGAGAGAGAGAGAGAGAGAGAGAGAGAGAGAGAGAGAGAGAGAGAGAGAGAGAGAGAGAGAGAUAUAUUAUGUGACUAUCUUUUACAUAUCAUCAUCAUCAGCAUCACAUACAUUUUGUUUCAUGUUUUUAUAGUCUUUCAUCUAUGACUUUUUUUCAUGUCCAAGUUUUUUUUUUUGUCAGUCAUGUUCUUUUUACUACCUAUAUGUUCUUAUUUUAUUCUUGAUACAAUUUUCUCAGCAUGUGGCAUAUUUCUUUUUUUUAACUAUAUCUAUCUCUAAUAAUAAAUUUUAAUAUUUUGAAAUUUCUUUACUUGACACAUUUGAGCUCAGAAUGUAAAGCUGCCAAUAAAUUUUUGUUCCAGAUUUCUAUAGAAUAUAAAAUUUAUAUUAACUUUUAUGUUCAAGUGAUUUUUAGUCCAUGUUUCUAAUCAGUUUCAAUUUUAUUAUUAUUAUUAUUUUUUUUUUUAUUUUAAUGAACAUAUCUUGAGUUAAUUUGUUGUAUUAUCCCCCUUUUGUUUUACCACAAUCUGAACUCCAUUAUGUGUGUCUUUUUGACUUAUUUAUUCAACCAUUGUUGUUAGAGUUGUUAGAGGAGGCAGAGGAAAUAAUGUGAAGUGCCUUAACUCAUAAAGACAAGCUAGUAUUACUUUACCAGAAAAAACAAUCAACUCUUCUAACCAACUAACUGUGUAACAUUAACCUGAGAGUGCACCUCAGCGCUCUGUCAUUAUUAUUAUUAUUAUUAUUAUUAUUAUUAUCAUUAUUAUUACUAUUAUUAUUAUGAUUGUACUCCUUUGACAUGGUGAGCGUUUACCAUGGAGAAAAUUAGAAAAAUGCCAUAUAGGUAUACAUAUUAUAAUACAUGUAUGUUUUUUAUAUGUAUAUUAUCAUGAGUACUUUCUAUAUUUAUGUUCGUACUGAUUUCUUACACACACAAACACACACACACACACACACACUUUACUCUCGUCCUUGUAUAUACGCAAAUUACAAAGAAAUCGUUAGCUUGUCGGUGUUUGUCUUAUUAUUCUUUAUACUUGUUUUCAUUAUUUUGCAUUUUUCUUUGUCCUUUCUCAAUUACGACUGAGACUUCCUCCACCGCAAGCUGCCAAGUCAGUCACUCAUCUUGCCCAGCGUUUGUCAACUAGAGCAGGAACUGUUUGGAAAAGGAAGCACACAGGAAAAAAAUAAAGAGCUACAUCCAGAUAAUUUUUGUAACCAAGAUUCAAAGAAGAAGGAUUGGAACUUUCUGGAGCCUCAGAGCAAGAUGUGAGCAAGACACAAAAAGCUCCAGAAUUUUGCACGGCGGCCAAAGAAGGUGUGUGGGUGUCUGGCUACAACAGAGCCCGGUAGUGUAAGGUGCCAUGUAAACCAAUCAUCCCAAAUAAAACUUUCAUGCAAA